AGUUUUGGCACUGGUAUCACAUAUAGUAGCAAUACUUUUACGCCAACUUUAUCAAAGUCCACUAAUUUCUUGGUAGUCGACAAAGCGCCAUCGAGUUCAACAUUCGCACCGAUUAAUCCUAGCACUGCGGCUGAAGGAAAAAUUGAGACGAAUAAAAUCUUUACUGCAAGUGCUAUCAUUAGUUCGCCCAGUACCGGGAAUACUCAAACUACUCCUACUUUUGCUUUCGGUAGCAACAAACCCGCCUUAUCUCUUGUGACGCCCACUCAAGUAGCUGUAUCAACCUUGCCGUCCCAAUCACCCGGGACGACAUUAUUGCCGGUCAAUACUACUGCAACUAGCAUCGCCGGUUUUAACAACGUUGUAAGCAAUAGCACAUCGAGUAGCGUUACAACAUCCGCGAUCGCACCUUUAUUCAGUUUCGGAAGUAAUAAUACCGCUUUGCAACCUGCAAAGUCGGAUAACUUCAUGUUUAAUCAGCCUAGCAGUAACGUUCAACCGAAAAUGAACGCUUUUGGAAGUCUUGCAAACAGUGGAGCAACAUCAUUGUCGCAAGUUACGACUAACUCUUUCAAUUUCACGCCCAACACUUCGAUAACAACCGUCGCAAAUAAUUCGUUUACCGCGAACACCACGACUGCCGCAGCAUCGACAUUCGGACCGUUGAGCGCGUCGACGUUCUCGUUGGGCACGACGUCCGCUACUUCCUUGACACCUAUCUAUCUUUUUGGCGCUUCCAAUACUUCAAGCACGACGUCCUUGGCUCUACCAGCUACAAUUGUUAACAAUACGAGCAGCUUGAACGCGAUAAGCAACAAUGCGAUUCCCGCAUUUGGAGCGUCCACCACUACCACCGUUCCACAAUUUGGUACGCCUACGACCACAGUUUCACAAUUUGGAACACCUACGACCACAGCAACGCAAUUUGGAACACCUACGACCACAGUAUCGCAAUUUGGAACACCUACGACCGCCGUUCCACAAUUCGGCGCACCCACCACAUCCAUUUUCGCCACUACGUCAAAUACGACGACAAGCGCGAACAUAUUUGGAGCAAGCAACAACAGUCAGCCACUUUUCGGAGCUGCGCCAGCCUCCAAAACAACGUCAGAAACCGCUGGUAUAUUUAACAGCCCAACAACCAUGGCUCCUUCGAUUUUCGUCUCGACGACCAACGUUGUGUCGACGUCCGGCAGCACGCCUAGCUCCAGUUUGUUCUCCAAUGCUAACGCUAAUUCGAUUCCGACUACCGCGGCACCUUCGGUAUUUGGUAGCGGCACCCCGGCUUUCGGCCAGACGAAGCCUUCGACGUCUUUCGGAACGGCGAGCGGCAUGUUCGGCAGCACGACGGCUGCACCGUUAUUCGGCUCGACCACGCAAACCGGCAACACGACCGCUCCCGCGUUUGGCAUCCCCGGCAACGUCUCCACCACUUCCGGCUUCGACACCACCAACAACACGACGCCCGCGUUCGGGACACCUGGCGUAGGGACGGCGACGAACGUGCAGGCGGCACCGGCUUUCGGCGGUACAACCGGGAUAUUCGGCGCGACCGAUAAUAACGCACCGUCAGUUCCCAUAUUCGGAGCGAGCGCUACUCCGGCUACUGAAGCCUUCGGCAUCUCCUCGCCACCGAGCACUUUCGGCGCGCAAAAUCCUCCGAGCAUCGCGUUCGGUGCCGCUAGCGGCGGCACUACGUUCGGCGACAACAAAUCUCUAUUCGGAGCGACGCCGGCGACCGGCACGAGCUUCGGCACGUCCAAUCCGCCUGUUCCGGCUUUCGGGGCUGGUAACGCUAAUAACGCGAGCGGUAGUACAAAUAAUAUGUUCGUCUUCGGGAACGCUCCGAAAGACGGCCAACAGAACCCGACGUUUCCCUUCGGAUCCAACUUUAACGCUGGAAGCAACAAUCCCCCGGCCGCAGCGCCCGUCCCGUUCCAGUUUGGAUCCUCAGCUUCCAAACCUCCAGCACCAACGGGAUUCAACUUCCCCACACCGUCGGCGCCUGCUACCAUCAAUUUCGGAACCACGACCGCGCCGCCGCCCUUCAAUCCCUCGACGCCCGGCAUGUUCAGCAUCGGAAGCGGAUCUACCGCGCCGCGAUCUAGACCAAUUCGCACGCGGAAACCGAGAUGAUGGAGAAUGUAAAUGCCGCCUGUCCGAGUGCAUAUUUUCGUUGAAAUAUAUAUUUCAAGUGUUUAUUCAAUUACAUUGUUUUAUAUAUGGAG